AUGCGACGUAAGAUCUCAAAAUCGACCAUCGACGUGUUGCACGGCUCACGUCGUGACGAGACGGUUCGUCAAUGCACUUGCGAUGAGCUGUCCGAUUGCUACGAUUCGGCCAAGCAGCAGGCCUACGAUUGUUUCGAUCCAUGCUUCAAGGAAAUCAAACCGUUCUCGCUGACCGACGAUCCCGAUAACCUGCGUGCGUGUUUCCAGAAACGUCGUGGAUUCGUCGAUAGCAUUGUUAAUUGCUUCCGCACCAAAAUAAAAGCGUGUGAAAACAACGUUGAGAAAGCUCGAGAAACUGUGGUGAAGACCUACGACUAUCCGGAUAUGAUCAAGAGAGUCGAGGAUGUUGUAAACGAGCAAAUACAAACGUUCCUCAACUCGAUCACCUCCAAUCGUGUGAAGAAUCUUUAUGUUCAGCAAGUUGUGAACGCCGGUGCGUCAGUGGCGCGCUGUAUAAAACUAUGCUUCAUGGAGAAGAAUAAAGACGGUUUCUGCUUUGGCAAGAAAGGUUGUGAACCGGAUAUUGAAGACCGAAACGCGAAACUUGCGAUAAAGCAGUGUUCGCGCCUCAUUAACUGGAAAAAGGAGGUCAGCGACUUGUGUAUGUGCUCCAGCCAAGCAGGUGUUCAGUGA